GCCUACCGCAAGCUCGCCCUCCGGUACCACCCCGACAAGCAGUCGUCGACGCAGGACGGCGCACCGCCCGACCCGACCCGGUUCCAGGAGAUCCAGCACGCGUGGGAGGUCCUCAGCGACCCGGAUCAGCGCGCCGAUUACGACGAGUUUGGCGAAAAGGGCCCGAGAGGCGGCGGCGGUGGGGCGGGCGGCAUGAGCGACGAGGACAUGUUCCAGGACUUCUUCGCCGAGAUGUUCGGCGGCGGCGGCGGCGGCCGCCCGCGCCAGCGGCGCAAGACGCAGACGGCCCCGUCCGAGGUCGAGCUCCCCGUCACGCUCGAGGAGCUGUACACCGGGUGCGCCAAGACGCUCGCCGUCGAGCGCACACGCACGUGCGGCACGUGCACGGGCUCGGGCGCGCGGCCGGGCAAGCAGGCCAAGCCGUGCGUCAAGUGCAGCGGGCAAGGGCAGACGUACGCCAUGAAGCAGAUGGGCCCGUACAUCCAGCGCGUGCCCGUGCGGUGCUCGCUGUGCGAGGGGCGAGGGCUCAAGGUCCGAGACCAGGACGCGUGCAAGAAGUGCAAGGGUGCUCGCACGGUCAAGGACAAGAAGCGCGUCGACUUCCACCUCGAGCGCGGCCUGCACUUUGGCGAGAAGAUCAUCAUAGCCGGCGAGGGAGACGAGUCGCCCGAUUCCUCUGCACCUGGCGACCUGCACAUCACGGUCCGCCCUCUGCCGCACCCGACCUUCACCCUGUGUCCGCCAACGCGGCCCGACCGCCCCGCCGACCUGUCGACGACCCUGUCCCUCACCCUCUCCGAGUCGCUCCUCGGCUUCUCGCGCCUCAUCCUCGUCCACCUCGACGGGCGCGGCUUGCGCGUCUCGCAGCCCGCGCCGGGCGAGCGCGGCUGGCGCGUCCUCAAGUCGGGCGACGAGGUCGUCGUGCCGGGUGAGGGCAUGUGGCGCCGCGGUGCGCGGGGCGACCUGCUCCUGCGCGUCGAGGUGGCCAUGCCG